GCCCUCCCUUUCCAACCAGCUGCUGGCCGAGCUUGCAAAUAGUCAUUUCCGGGAAACAGGCGUUUGCUUUGUGGGGUGCAACAUGGAGACGACCAGUGGAACUGCUGAGCCGGUUUCAGGAGAACUGGCGUCUGUGGCACAUGCUCUUUCUCUCCCAGCCGAGUCUUAUGGCAACGAUCCUGAUAUUGAGAUGGCUUGGGCCAUGAAAGCAAUGCAGCAUGCUGAAGUCUACUACAAGCUGAUUUCAUCAGUUGACCCACGGUUCCUGAAACUCACCAAAGUGGAUGACCAAAUCUAUUCUGAGUUUCGGGAAAAUUUUGAGAAACUCAGGAUAGAUGUGUUGGAUCCAGAAGAGCUCAAAUCAGAAUCAGCUAAAGAGAAGUGGAGGCCAUUCUGCUUGAAGUUUGACGGGAUUGUAGAAGACUUCAAUUAUGGUACUUUGUUGCGACUGGAUUGUUCCCAGGGCUACACUGAGGAAAACACCAUCUUUGCCCCCAGGAUACAAUUUUUGGCGAUUGAAAUUGCUCGGAACCGAGAAGGCUAUAACAAAGCAGUUUACACCAGUGUUCAUGACAAAGAAGAAGAGAAAGAAGGCAACUGUGGAAGAGAGAAAGGAACUGACAGUGGACGGGCAGAAGAGAAAGGAGCCAUCAGAGAAAGAGAAAAAACAAAAACCAACAAAGGAGAAGAAAAAGAGAAAGGAGCCGACAAAGAAAUUAGCAAGAGUGGUGAAACAGCUAUGUAAGGUAGACAAGGAAUAGCAUCCUGGAAGCUAUGACCCAACUAUGUCUACAGAUACUAGGAUGCUACUUGCGCAGACCCUGUGGUUAAAUGUAUCUCUUUGUGCAAUUGAAAGACAUAAAGAAGUACAUCUUUCUAGCCUAAUAAUCAAGAGCUACUUUUGUUGUUCUCUUGUAUGAACCAGCUUAGAGACUAUUAGGGUGUUAGUUGAGCAUUUCUUGGUAUAGUGUUUCUUGGUUCUCACCACUGGUCAAUUAAGAAAUUUUACAAAUAAAUUUCUUUUGGUUCUUAUGACUAUAUCUAUAAUUGACUUUUAAAAGGUAUUUCCAAUUAUUUGACACUACAGAUUUUUUUUCAGGUAUAUAAUCUUUUUGGCAUGUCUAACAAAAUGAUUUUUGCCUAUUUUUAAAUGCUUAUCAUUGUUUCCUGCAGUAAAGUUUCCUCAAAUCUGUUAUGUUGUAUGUGGUUUGGGGAUUAGAAGUCCCUAUGUAAGGGUUAAUUCCUGCUAUCUGAGUCACUAUAGCUUUCUGAUUUUCUUUGAUAUAUCUGGCAAAUAUUUGAUGAAUAUUCUAUGGAGAUAAGAGCUGGGGCCUGAACCUGUCAGACCAGUGAAUGCAGCCCAGUUCACAUUAGAAGAGCAGGAAACUGGACCUGCUUCAGUACCUGCUUCUCUUCUGGUACCCAAGUUGUUACCUGAAAGCUAGCAGAAAUUAAUAAUUAAAUAUAAAGCCUG